AUGCCUGAUGUGGUCAGAGGCGGGGCGGCCAAGGGGGGGAACCCUGGCUGUUGGCAUGACAUCUUUGACUUCGACUACUGCUGCGACCUCCGCCACGGCGCGGCUGGCAACGAUGAGUGCUGGGACGGGUACUAUGACUUCAAUCAUUGCUGCCGUACCCCGCUCUUCGCCUCCGCGCCCAAGGAGUGCUGGGCGGAGGCGCGGCAGAAUUUGCUGAGCUCCCCAUCGGCCGCGGCGCGGCAUCCGGUCCUGAAAGACGACGCAAACUUGGCCACCUUCUGCUGCCACGCUUCCGCCUUGAGCUCGGAAGUUUGCUGGGCCGCCGGACGUGGCGGCCGGGAAAUGCUCUUGGACCACUCCACAGGACAGCGGCUCUUUGAUACAAAGCAGGAGCUGGAAGGUCAAGUGCUGCACAAGAGGAGCUGUGGCGGCUUGGCCAUCUUCUCUCUGGACGUCUACGGCAGUGAAGUCCGAGAGGUUCGAAAGCAAAUCUCCGUGGGGGACGUGGUGAGGUGUGUGGGCACCUGGCGCGACUGCGGACGGAUCCUGGACGUGUUCUCCUACAGCAUCCGCCGGCGCUGGGCGGACCUGGGCGGCGGCGCCUCCUUCCAGGCGCCGAGCCUCAAGGCCCCCAGGGCGGCGCCUCCUGAGGAGCCGGAGGUGCCCGCGCCGCCUGAGCCACACCCUGGCUCCAGAAGGGCCUUGUGCAAGUUUUGGAUGAGCAACGGCACCUGCCAGCGCGCCAAGUGCCAGAACUUCCACCCAGCCCCCGAGGAGCUGCAAGAGGCCCGGCUUCGCUGGCGCCGGGAGCAGCAGCAACGCCUGGCGCUGAACGCGCAGCCGGACGACCCCCACGCGGACAAGAAGAGCCACGGCGCCCGCGCCGCUGUCUUCGCCCAGUGGCUUGAGGACACCUAUGGAGAGCGCCUCAAGCGCGGGGUGCUGGACAUUGGCGGCGGCCGAGGAGAGCUAGCCUUCGAGCUCAGCGUGAAGCGCCAGAUUCCCUGCACCGUGCUGGACCCCCGGUGCCCUGGGACAACGGAACCAGCCCUGUGGCAGGACUGGCACGUCUCCCGCCAGCAACGGCUCUGGCUGAAGAGCCAGGGGAUUCGCAGCUAUGGGGACUGCCAAGCCCAUGUGCUCGCCUGCCCCCUGAAGCAGUGCGGGGUUCGGGUCGACCAGGCGCUGUCCGCCGUGGAGAACAAGGACCCCGUCUGGGCUGAGGCGUUGCAGUGCGAGGUGGUGGUGGGGCUGCACCCGGACCAGGCCACUGGAGGCGUCCUGGACUUGGCGUCGAAGCUGCAGCGCCCCUUCGCCGUGGUGCCCUGCUGCACCUUCGCGGACGAGUUUCCGGACAGGCGCUUGGGAGACAGGCCGGUGAGGACAUACGACGACUUGGUCGAAUGGCUGCUAUCCAAAGGUCAAGCUGCGCAGAAGGACUACCUGAAAUUCUUCGGAAAGAACUUGGUGGUGUUUACAGUGUGA